CACUCUUCGAGCCAUUUUCGCUGACAUUAUGCUCCAGUUCCUGGAUGGAUUUAUUUUUGCCAACCUGGUUGCAAUAUAUCUGGCUAAAAAUUAUGACAUGCCAAACCUGGCUAAAAAACUUGAAGAAAUUAAAAAGGACAUGGAUGCGAAGAAGAAACCCCCUAGUUCACGAGGCCAUCUCCAGCACUGGCUCCAGGAAAUCCUGACUCUGCUCUUCUCCAGGGCCUCCUUUACACCUGAGCCAAACCAGUUUCGUCGGAUGACUCGGAGGGCUUUGAAGCCCAGCGUUGACCGAGGGGCGUGA